GCUACCGCCGUCCGCCGCAGGCAGCCACCUUCCAGGCUUCCACCCGCGUGCUCUCUCUCUCUCUCUUUCUCUCUCCCCCCGACUGGGCUACCGCCGCCGCCCUACGCCAGGUGCCGAGGUCUUCGUCGAUCUCUUCGCCGGCGACGAGCACACAAAAGCCGUCCAGGAUGGGAUACAACCGCCACAGGCGCGGCCGGGGAUCCUCCUCAUCGUCUUCACGCCGUACCAAGCAAGAAGUCUCGUGUUUCAGUGAUGAUGGCCCUGGGACAUCACUUCCAAGGCAAGAAGAAGAUACAGAAGACGAAUUUAAAGGUUCAAGAAUUCAGCUUGCAAUGUGGGACUUUGGUCAGUGUGAUGUCAAAAGAUGCACUGGUCGUAAGCUUUCGAGAUUUGGGCUUUUGAAGGAGUUGAGAGUGACCAAUGGUUUUGGUGGUGUUGUUCUCAGCCCUGUUGGAACACAAUGUGUAUCCAAGGAAGAUCAUCCUAUUGUGCAAAGAAAAGGAUUGGCUGUGGUUGAUUGUUCCUGGGCACGUUUAAGUGAUGUCCCUUUUGUGAAACUACGUUGCGGUGCUCCUCGUCUCUUACCAUGGUUAGUAGCGGCAAAUCCUGUGAACUAUGGUCGGCCAUGUGAACUGUCUUGUGUGGAAGCUUUAUCAGCAGCCCUCAUAAUAUGUGGGGAGGAAGAUACAGCACAUUUGCUGCUUGGGAAAUUCAAGUGGGGUCACGCAUUCUUGUCUCUAAACAGAGAUCUCCUGAAAGCGUACUCCCAAUGUGAAAAUGGAUCUGAGAUUAUCAAUGUGCAGAACUCAUGGUUAUCGAGUAACUCAAGUGUUCCAAAGCCACCCGUAAACGGGACAGAGGAAGCACGGCAAAGCACGGAGGAGGGAUCUGAAGGUGAUUCAGACGAUGACUUGCCCCCUCUCGAGAAGAAUCUGAACCACCUGAACCUUGAUGAAGAUGAAGAAAGCGAGGAAGAGAGUGAAAGCGAAUAAAAUUAUGGGCUGCCAACUUUACGGCAGUUUUACAAGUGAACUUCAGCUGCCUUUGGGUUCUAUACCCUUUUCUUCUUAAUAUAUUUUGAUGCGCAGAUCUCGUGUGUAUUCGAGAAAAAAAACAGUUGCCUAGCUACUACUGUAGGGUUCCUUCAGUGUCUAAUCAGAAUAAACUUCAGUGGUCUUUUCGUCCUGAUGUUGAAUGCAUGGUUCGAAAAGAAAUCCUUGUACACCUGUAGUACUGUGUACCUAUAGCACCGCUUUGAAGAUAAAUGAUGAGUUGAACACAUUGAGAUCA